AUGCCCACACUCUGCGUGGCAUACAUUGAUGCCGCGGGUCGCAGCUCCAAGCUGAGGCUGCAGGCCACGCCGUCGGCCACGCCGUCGGCUCUCGCCGCUAAUGCUGCCGCUGCUGCCAACCUUCCAACAGACGGUGCGGUCCUGCUCCACGCUGGCCGUCCGCUCGAGCCAGAGACGCCGCUGCGGCUGCUAAACUUGCCGACGGGUGCAAUCCUGAAUCUGCGGGUGGCAUCGCGCGAGGCUGCAUCGCCGUCGUCGUCGUCACCGCCGCCCAUGUCUGCUGCUGGCGGCCCGCGGGCGUUCGAGGACGCGCUCGCUGCGCUGGCUGCCGAGCGUGAUGCGCUCGCCACAGCCAGCGCCUCGCUCGAGCCGCUGACCAAGGCACUGCAGCUGGUACUCAAGAUUGUAGGCAACGUGCUGACCCAUCCCGGCGAGGCACGCUACCGCGAGCUCCCGCUCACGUCCAAGGCUUACUCGCUCAAGAUCGCGCCGGUGACAGGAGCGGUGCUUGCGCUGCAUGCCGCAGGCUUUGUGCGCAACGACGACGCCGGGUGCCUGCAGCUUCCGGCGACAGCCUCGGAUGCGCCGCUGCGGACAGCACGCGCACUGCUGACCUCGUUCCUUCGCGGCCUCGCAUCGCCGCCCGCAGACGCCCCGGCCACGGGCGCUCUGCCUGCGCCACCGGUCCACACUCGUGACAAGGGCAAGGACGAGGCAGGGGAGAGUGGCGCCGCAGCCGAAAGCACCAGGUCCGGUGUGGCGCCGAUGGAAGUUGCAGGCGAAGACGGCUCGGGUCCGCAGAUUGUGCGGAUGGCAGCCAAUGCGGCGGCCGCAGCCGCGGCCGAGGAAGAUCUCGCCGCUGUCCGUUCGAUGUCAAGCGAGGACGAAGCUGCGUGGCAGGCCAAGGUGGCGCGUGCAUCGGCCCCUGUCGCGCGCGCGCUGGGCGUGUGGGAUCCGGCCAACGGCGCGCCACCCGCGCCGCCGCCGGCAGAUGCCGCGCUGCUGGCAGACGAGUCGGCGCUGUUUGCCGCUGCUGCCCGCGAUCUGCGCGACAAGGCCCAGGCACUUGUCAAUGCGCCGCUCAAGACCCGUGCUCUCCGCGCACGCGAAGAGGAGGCCAAGGCCAUGCGCUUUGAGCGCUGCACCAUCCGCGUCCGUCUUCCCGAUGGCUGGAUCGUCCAGGCUUGCUUUGCUCCGCUCGAGCGCGUUCAGGCCCUCUACGACGCCAUUACUGCACUCCUCCAGCCUGAGUCUCCCGCUGCGCAGCAGCUUGUGCUCUACAUCACCCCGCCGCGCACCGUCCUCGAUCCGGCGACCACCUUUUACGCCGCCGGCCUCGUGCCCGGCGCACGGGUCUUUGCCGCAUCCGGCACCCUCACGCCGACAGCCAAGGCACUCUCCCCGCCACCGUCGAUCUACCCUUCGGCCUCGCCUGUGGCGGCCUCGUCCUCAUCAACAGCAUCCACCGCACGUGCCGCACCCAAGCCCAAGCCCAAGGCGAGCGGAAAGAAGAAGAAGCCAUCGUGGCUCAAGCUGUAGCCCCCCUCCCGGACGAGUCGAUGACAGGUUGAACACGUCAUACCCCCCC